AUGUACCAUUCCUCAAAGCCAGAUAUUUGCUUCUUCAAGACAUUCUUGCUCGUUUUAAAACAUGGGGACAUACUUCUUGCAAAUAAGCCACAUCUAAAAUCUAUCUAUUCAAAUAUAGUUAUUAGCAACUAUCCAUAUUUUGUUAUCUUUUUUUCCUCCAUUUCUUUUUUUUUUUCUUUCUUUUUUUUUUCUUUUAUCCGUUUCCUUCUCUUUUCCACCAUUCUUUCUUUCCUCCAUCCUUCUUUUCUUUCUUUCUUUCUUAAAUUUUCUUUUUUUUUUUCCUUCUCUUUUCCUUCAUUCUUUCUUUCCUCCAUCCUUCUUUUUUUCUUUCUUUCUUUUUUUCUUUUUAUUAUUUUCCUUCUCUUUUCCUUUUUUCUUUUUUCUUUUUUUUUUUUCUUUCUUUUUUAUUUCUUUUGUUUUUUUUUCUUUUCCACCAUUCUUUCUUUCCUCCUUCUUCUUUUUCUUUUUUUCUUUUUAAAUUUUUCUUUUUUCCAUUUUCCUUCUCUUUUCCACUUUCUUUCUUUCCUUCAUUUUUCUUUUCUUGUCCGUUUUCUUUCAUUUUUCCUUUUUAUCCAUUUCUUUCUUUUUUAUUAUUUUUUGUUUUCUUUUUCUUAUUUCUUUCUUUUUUUCUUUUUUUUCUUUUUUUUUUUCCUUUUCUUUUCUUUAUUCUUUCUUUUCCUCCAUCCUUCUUUUUCUUUCUUUUUCUUCAUUCCUUAUUUUUAUCCUAUUUCUUUUUUUUUAUUUCAUUUCCUUCUCUUUUCCACCAUUCUUUCUUUCCUCCAUCCUUCUUUUUUUUCUUUCUUUCUUUUCUUUCUUUUUUUAUUUCUUUUUUAUUUUUUUCCUUCUUUUUCCACCAUUCUUUCUUUCCUCCAUCCUUCUUUUUUCUUUCUUUCUUUCUUUCUUUCUUUUUUUUAUUUCUUUUCCUUUCUUUUCCUUUUCUCUUCUUUCCUCCAUCCUUUUUUUCUUUUUUUUUUUUUUCUUAAAUUAUUUCUUUUUAUCUUUCCUUCUUCUUUUCACCAUUCUUUCUUUUUUUCCUUUUUUUCUUUCUUUCUUUCUUGUUUAUUUCUUUUUAUUUUUUCCUUCUUUUCCACCAUUCUUUCUUUCCUCCAUCCUUCUUUUUUUUCUUUCUUUCUUUUAUUUUUUUUUUCCUUCUCUUUCCACCUCUUUUCUUUCUCUUUCCUUUUCUUUCUUUCUUUUAUUUCUUUUUUUCCUUUCUUUCUUUCUCUUUUUUCUUUCUUUCCAUCCUUUUUUUUUCUUUUUCUUUCUUUUCCAAUUUCAUUUUUUUCUUUUUUUUCUCCAUUUCUUUUUCUUUCUUUCUUUCUUAAGUAUUUCUUUUUAUCCAUUUCCUUUCUUUUCCACCAUUCUUUCUUUCCUCCAUCCUUCUUUUUUCUUUCUUUCUUUCUUAAAUAUUUCUUUUUUAUCCGUUUUCCUUCUCUUUUCCACCAUUCUUUCUUUCCUCCAUCCUUCUUUUUCUUUCUUUCUUUCUUAAAUUAUUUCUUUUUUUUAUCCUAUUUCUUUUUUUGUUUUCUUUUCCUUUUUCUUUUCCUUACCAUUUCUUUUUUUCCUUUUCCUUCUUUUUCUUUCUUUCUUUCUUUCCUUCUUUCUUUCUUUCUUUCUUUUAUUUCUUUUUUCCAUUUUUUCUCUUUUCCAUUCUUUUUUCUCAUCCAUUUUUUUCUUUCUUUUUUCUUAAAUUAUUUCUUUUUCAUUUUCCUUCUCUUUUCCACCAUUUUUCUUUCCUCCCAUCCUUCUUUUCUUUUUUUUUUCUUUUAUUUCUUUUUUUUUUUCCUUCUCUUUUCCACCAUUCUUUUUUCCUCCAUCCUUCUUUUUUUUUCUUUUCUUUCUUAUUAUUUCUUUUUUUAUUUUUUUCCUUCUCUUUUCCACCAUUCUUUCUUUCCUCCAUCCUUCUUUUUCUUUCUUUCUUUUUUCUUUUUUUUUUAUCCAUUUUCCUUCUCUUUUUCCACCAUUCUUUCUUUCCUCCAUCCUUCUUUUUCUUUCUUUCUUUCUUUUUAUUUUUUUUUAUCUUUUUUCCUUCUCUUUUCCAUUUUUCUUUCUCCAUCCAUUUUUUUUUUUUCUUUCUUAAAUUAUUUCUUUUUAUAUUUUCCUUCUCUUUUCCACCAUUCUUUCUUUCCUCCAUCCUUCUUUUUCUUUCUUUCUUUCUUUUCUUUUUAUUUCUUUUUUUCCGUUUUCCUUCUCUUUUUCCACCUUUCUUUCCUCCAUCCUUCUUUUUUUCUUUCUUUCUUAAAUUUUUUCUUUUCUUUCUUCUCUUUGUUUCUUUUCUUUUUUUUUCUUUUUUUCUUUCUUCAUUAUUUUUUUUUCAUUAUUUUCCUUCUUUUUCUCCAUCCUUCUUUUUCCUUUUUUUUCUUUUUUUUCUUUUUUUUUUUAUCCGUUUUCCUUCUCUUUUCCACCAUUCUUUCUUUCCUCCAUCCUUUUUUUUCUUUCUUUUCUUUCUUUGUUUCUUUUUUUUUUAUCCUAUUUCUUUUUUUUAUCCGUUUCCUUCUCUUUUCCACCAUUCUUUCUUUCCUCCAUCCUUCUUUUUUCUUUCUUUCUUUCUUAAAUUAUUUCUUUUUUUUUCCGUUUUCCUUCUCUUUUCCACCAUUCUUUCUUUCCUCCAUCCUUCUUUUUUCUUUCUUUCCUUAUUUCUUUUUAUCCAUUUUCCUUCUCUUUUCCACCAUUCUUUCUUUCCUCCAUCUUCUUUUUUCCUUCUUUUCUUUCUUAAGUAUUUCUUUUUAUCCGUUUUCCUUCUCUUUUCCACCAUUCUUUCUUUUUCCAUCCUUUUUCUUUUUUUUUCUUUUCUUUCUUUUUUUUUUUUUUUUUAUUUUUUCCUUCUCUUUUUCCACCAUUCUUUCUUUCCUCCAUCCUUCUUUUUUUCUUUCUUUCUUUCUUAAAUUAUUUCUUUUUUUAUUUUCCUUCUCUUUUCCCACCAUUCUUUCUUUCCUCCAUCCUUCUUUUCUUUCUUUCUUUUUUUCUUUUUUUAUUUUUUUCCUUCUUUUCCAUUCUUUCUUUCCUCCAUCCUUUUUUUCUUUCUUUUCCAUUUCUUUUUUUUUUUUUCUCUUUUCCAUUCUUUCUUUCCUCCAUCCUUCUUUUUUUUCUUUUUUCUUAAUAUUUCUUUUUUUAUCCAUUUUCCUUCUUUUUUCCACCAUUUUUCUUUCCUCCAUCCUUCUUUUUCUUUCUUUUCUUUUCUUUAUUUCUUUUUUUCCUUUUUCCUUUUCUUUUCCUCCAUUCUUUCUUUCCUCCAUCCUUCUUUUUCUUUCUUUCUUUCUUAAAUUAUUUCUUUUUUAUCCGUUUUCCUUCUCUUUUCCACCAUUCUUUCUUUCCUCCAUCCUUCUUUUUUCUUUCUUUCUUUCUUAA